GUUCUUGGGAGCCUUUCCUGCACUUUUCGUCAAGUCAGUUCUACCAUUUGUUUUCCACCACUCCUCAUCUCAUCUCGUCGAACAGAAUCUGCUUUCCGAUAGGCAUAGAUUCGAAUUACAAUCUCCCUCGAGCUGAUUCUCAUCACUACAGCGACCUCGCAACAACCUCUACCGCCCGGCUUCAUUUCGUCCACUCUCCGCAAUCAUGAUCGGCCCUGGCACGGGCAUGUUGGGUGAAGAUGGUAUUCAUGUUGACAUGAACCAUCUAAAAGCAGGAGAAGUCAAUCUGGGAACCUCCAUCAUGGCUAUCAACUUCAAAGACGGUGUUAUACUCGGAGCGGAUAGUCGAACGACCACAGGAGCAUACAUCGCAAACAGAGUGACAGACAAACUCACCCAAGUACAUGAUACAAUUUGGUGCUGUCGGUCAGGAUCUGCAGCCGAUACUCAGGCCGUAUCUGAUAUUGUGCAAUAUCAUCUGGGCAUGUAUGGGAUCAUGAACAACGAACCUCCUACGACGCAGACCGCUGCUGCGCUGUUUCAAGAGCUGUGUUACGAGAACAAGGACCAACUCAGUGCUGGUAUGAUCAUUGCCGGAUACGACAAACGGAACGGUGGACAAGUCUACUCAAUACCUCUUGGAGGUUCACUACACAAGGGGUCUUAUGCUAUUGGAGGUUCCGGAUCAACAUACAUCUAUGGUUACUGCGAUGUACACUGGAAAGAAGGCAUGACUGAAGAGGAGGGAGUCAACUUUGUCAAGGAAGCUCUAAGUGAAGCCAUCAAGUGGGACGGCAGUUCAGGCGGUGUGAUUCGAAUGGUGGUAUUGACAGCAAAGGGGGCUCAGCGGCACUUGUACCUGCCAGACCAGGGUUAUCGAGGACCAGGAAAGGAUUGAGAGGGGAAAAUACGGAUUAUGGCUGGCGUACUGGAUGGAGUUAGCAUUGCUUUCAGACUGUCAUGUCGCUAGAAGGUCGACUUAAUUCAGCUGGGUGUGUCAGUCUGUAGAUGUGCCUUAUGCGCAGAUCCAGUCUAUGCAUGAAGUCGGCAGAAGCCUUGAAGGGCAGAUAGCUUUGUGACAUGGAGGCGAAUGGAUGAAUUGCUGCAACGAUGCUGUGCUGUACUGUACUGUACGUAUGAGCACAUGUACUUAAAAAUAAAGCCACCUGCUGC